AUGGAGGUCAACCGCCCUUAUCUUGCCGGUCAUGUCAACUUCCUCAUAUCUAUAGAACCCGAGACUCUCCUCGACUACACACACGCCUUCCACCUCAAGCGCUUCAACGUCGGCGAAGAAUUUCUUGUGAAGAAAUGCAGAUUUGCAGAGGUUAAAGCACCCAGUCUACGAAUUGAGCUUUUCAAAACAUAUGGGAGGUCUCUUGUCGGCUUGAGAUUUCUAGGCUAUGACAUCGACGCCGACGACUACCACGGUUUCGUGUACGGAAGGUUGCCUUAUGAAGCGAUCAAACCAGAUCCGCAAUUACGAGCUCUGUUACGAAGCACCGGCCAGAGAAAAAUCAUUCUUACGAAUUCCGAUAGGAAGCACACAAUUAAAGUUGUGGAGAGAAUAAGACUGUUUCAAUGA